GAGGCCCCGCCCUUCAAUCCCGCCGCCAGGCAGCUACGCAGUUAGGACAGCUUUGCCUGUGGCUGUCCCAGGGGUGCGUGGGGCCCUCGCCUCCCCCCGCAGAGGCAGCUCUGGUGCUGUGAUGCGCCCAAUUGUCAAGUGCCCAGCACCCGGAUUGCUGUUAGCAGCCGCACCUUAAUGGCAGAAAAUGAAGCUGACUCUAAACCCAGGAGUUCAGACUGGAUUGCUCCAUGCCCGGGCUCUGUUAGGUGUGACAGGCAUGGAGUAAUGGCGUCUUAUACCUGCAUUACUUGCCGUGUGGCUUUUAAGGAUGCUGACGUCCAGCGUGCCCACUACAAAACCGACUGGCAUAGAUAUAAUCUAAAACGGAAAGUUGCUGACAUGCCACCUGUCACUGCCGAGAAUUUCCAAGAGAGAGUCCUAGCUCAGAGAGCGGUGACAGAGGAACAGAACAAAGUCACUGCCACCUACUGCACAGUUUGCAGCAAGAGGUUCUCCACUUUCAAUGCCUAUGAGAAUCAUUUGAAGUCCAAGAAGCACCUAGAACUUGAAAAAAAGGCUGUCCAGGCUGUCAGCAAGAAGGUAGAAACCUUAAAUGAGAAGAACCUGGAAAAGGGGCUGGCCCAGGAGAGUCUAAACAAAGAUGAAAUGAAUACAGCUAUUCAGCAAGCCAUCAGGGCCCAGCCAUCCUUGUCUCCAAAGAAGAUACCAUUGCUCCCAGCUGAUACAAGCAGCUCUCCACCUUCUGCUGGAGGUAAUUUGUCACAGAGCAGAGAGCAAUUGGAAAAACCUCCAAGGCUACAGUGGUUUGAACAGCAGGCAAGGAAGCUGGCAAAACAGGAUGCAGAGGAUGAGGAGGAAGAUGAGGAUAUGGAAGAAGGCUGGGAGGAUGCAGAUUCUGAUGAAGUUGGAGAGUCUGAAGAUGAGCAGAUGGAAGGUGCAGUGGGUGAAGAUGAGAAACAGAUUGCCGCUGGUGCAGUACCACUCACAGAUUGCUUGUUUUGUCCUCACCAUUCGAGCUCUCUCAUGAAAAAUGUGGCCCACAUGACAAAAGCCCACAGUUUCUUUAUUCCAGAUAUAGAAUACCUUGUGGAUCUCAGGGGACUGAUUGAGUACUUGGGAGAAAAAGUUGGUGUUGGGAAAAUCUGCCUGUGGUGCAAUGAGAAGGGGAAAUCCUUCUACUCAACAGAAGCAGUGCAGGGUCAUAUGAAUGAUAAAAGCCACUGCAAGCUCUUCACAGAUGGGGAUGCUGCCUUGGAAUUUGCAGACUUCUAUGAUUUUAGGAGCAGUUACCCUGAUCACGGGGAAGGGGAGGAUGUGGUGAUGUCUGGAGAGCUCCCAGCAGGGAAGAAUUUAGAAUAUGAUGACGAAAGUAUGGAAUUGAUCCUCCCUUCAGGUGCCAGGGUUGGUCACCGUUCUUUGAUGAGGUACUACAAGCAGCGGUUUGGUUUGUCAAGAGCAGUGGCUGUUGCUAAAAAUAAGAAGGCAGUGGGCAGGGUGUUGCAACAGUACAAAGCUCUGGGCUGGACAAGCAGUACAGGAGCAGCCCUAGCACGUGAACGUGACAUGCAGUAUCUACAGAGGAUGAAGUCUAAGUGGAUGCUGAAGACGGGAAUGAGUAACAAUGCUACAAAGCAGAUGCAUUUCCGGAUGCAAGUCAGAUUCUGAGCUGCCACAACUGCUCUACAGAGCUUGUUCCAGGAGAGGAGAAUUAAUAGCUAGUAUCUUUUUUGAGGGGUGGGGUGGGGAGGGAAUGUCAUUAAAAUGGAUCCUGGUACCUAGCCAAGGACUGUCUGGAUGCUACUAUUCCCCCUCCGCCUAAGUCUUGUUAAGAGAUCUUGUAUUCUAAUAACUGUUGGCUUAUCAAAUUUAAGUGUCCAAAUAAAGUAUGUGGUAUAGGUUAGUCACUGGUGUAGAUAUGUGCAUUCUACUAGUGUCCAUCUUUAUGCAGUAGGUUUUGGUUGAACGGCUGACUUGAUGUUGUAAUUGAAUUACAGAAAACUGGGGGGUGGCUAAGAGAAGAUUAUAGGCCUGUGCUUCAGCCCUUCUGGCUUAGGGUAGAUGAUUUUUCUUUUGUAUGAAGUAGGAGCGAGCACUUUACCAAAGUUAUACACUUUCUUUAUAUCAAACAAUCUUGUAAGAGGCACUUUAGACAGGAGUGUUAAAAUCCUUCAGUGGGUGAAUUAAGGAGAGCUUUUCAAAAUGAGCACAUUGCCAGCACAUGACGAGUGAUGGGCAUCUAUUCAGUUGUGUUCAGUUUAUGUAGAACUUUCCAUGCUAGUUGUUUGAAGUAACACUUGACCUAAAAGGAAAUGGUUAUUUUUUGUUCUGAAACCAUAGUUUCAGUUAAUAGUUUCUAUCCUGUCAAACUCAGUGUGCCAUGCUCUGCUCAUUUUCUAGGAGACAGUUGGAUUUACUAAAAAUAUCACAAGGUGUCUGUUUGGAUUUAACUUCAAUGUAAUGUUUUGAAUAGUUUAUUAAAAUUAAAGCAUCCGUUUAAGGUA